AUGGUCAAGAGCAUAUUCGCCCGGCCGAAAGACAACUCGGCCAACCCAGCGCCUCCCCAGGUCUACAACUGGAGGAUCUAUGCCCUCGCUGCCUCGGCUGCUCUGGGCUCCUCCAUGUUCGGAUAUGACUCGGCCUUCAUAGGAGGUACAAUGUCUCUUCCGUCGUUCCAGAGCCGCUUCAACCUUGACACCUCAACCGGAACUGCUUUGGCCGCUCUCAAGGCCAACAUCGUCAGCACCUUUCAGGGAGGAUGCUUCUUUGGCGUUCUUCUUUGUUAUUACCUCGUCGAGAAGCUUGGUCGUCGGCUGGUCUUGAUGAUGUGCGGUGCUGUUUUCGACCUCGGCGCUAUCUUGCAGCUUGUUUCUGGUGGCAACUUGGCUUACAUCUACGCUGGUCGGGUUCUCACUGGUCUUGCGGUCGGCGCCUCUUCCAUGAUCAUCCCUGUCUACAUCUCCGAAUCUGGUCCUCCCGCCAUUCGUGGUCGCCUCAUCGGCAUAUUCGAAAUUUUCCUCCAGUUCUCUCAGAUCAUAGGCUUCUGGGUCAACUACGGAGUUAAUAUUCAUGUUCCGGCAGACUCGGAUGCUCAGUGGCAUAUCCCUUUCGCACUGCAGGUUAUUCCCGGCACGCUGUUGAUCAUCUGCAUGUUCUUCCAGCCCGAGUCUCCUCGUUGGCUUCUGAACGCUGGCCGUACCGAGCAGGCUCGCAAAGUUCUUCAGCGCCUUCGUCAGCUGCCCGCUGAUGACCCGUAUCUGAACUGGGAGAUCAACUCGGUCCUCCAGCAGAUCGAAGAUGAGAACGCCCUUGGAGCUAGCAAGGGUUUCCUAGCUAAGCUGCGGGAGGUCGUGCUCCCUGCCAACAGGUCACGCCUGCUCCUGGGUAUCGCCCUCAUGUUUAUCCAGAACAUGUCAGGAAUCAACGCCCUGAACUACUACUCUCCUUCGAUCUUCCAGUCUAUCGGCUUUACUGGUACUAAUGUUGGACUUCUGGCAACUGGCAUCUUUGGCAUCGUGAAAGCUUCUGCCACAGGAUUGUACAUGAUCUGGGGCGUUGAUGCUCUUGGCCGCCGCCAGUCUCUGAUGAUCGGGUCAGCAGGUGCAGCUUUGGCGCUCUUUUAUCUUGGUAUCUACUCAAAGUUGUCUGGUUCUUUCGACUCGGGCGUCACGGCGGGCGAGAAGUCACCUGCCGCGUACGUGGCUAUUGUCAUGGUCUACAUCUUCGCUGUUUUCUAUGCAAUCUCCUGGAACGGCAUUCCUUGGAUCUUCUGCGCUGAGGUGUUCCCCAUGGCCAUCCGUUCAAUUUGCCUUGUUUUCACCACCUGUGCCCAAUGGCUCGGUCAAUUCACAAUUGUCUACUCAACGCCCUACAUGAUGGCCGACAUAAAGUACGGAACAUUCCUCUUGUUCGCAUGUUCUGUCGUCUUCGGCCUGUUCUUUGUCUUCUUCUUCAUCCCCGAGACCAAGGGCAUCUCUCUCGAAGAUAUGGACGUCCUCUUCACUCGUAAGGGCAUGCCACAUACAUGGCGACACCAGACCAACGAGAUCAUUGAGGAGCGCCGUUCUGAUGGCCAGAUUCGACUCGAAUCGAACACAUCUCCCGCAGAUUCGUAUCGAAUCGAACGCGCCACAAUUCUUGUGCCGUAG